AUGCGUCAAGUGGCGCUGCCCGGUGAGACUCCUAUACUGAUGCGGAAAGUGGCGCUGCCUGGUGACAAGACAAUGGACGGCGGGGUAGUGAACCACGGGUACGUGGGCGACGCGCCGCACCGCUCCAACAACAACCGCGCCGCCAGGUUCCCCAGCUCCAGCGAUUCCACCAGCGGCUAUUUUUCGACCGCAACAUCGGUAUCGGAGGAAGUGCCAAGUCUUUCAAUAUCAAUCCAGUGCAGGCAGCCAGAGAUCAUGUUCUUCACAGACCUCAACAAAACUGAGGGUCACGCUCUGCUUCUUCGCACAGAACUCCUCAUAGACUACUCCUUCCACUCAAAUACGGAGACCCUAGUCAUAUCUCUCGCUGGUCUUCAGAUCAUGUCGAAAUUACAGUCCAAGUUAAAGAAUCUUCCACCACAAUUAGUACUGAAACCCUGUGAUGUGGAGUUCUCAAAAACUUUUAAGAGUAUCGAGGAAGGGGUCAAAGUUAAAUUGUCGGUGUCGGAAAUCGAUAUGCACAUUGCGGCGACUACGAUACAUACCGUAAUGGACAUAAUAGAAGAAGUAUCAACCGAACUUGCAAUACCUGAUGAGAAAGAGAUGUUCAACUUUUCCACCUACAACCCUCAAUCGGAGAAGAAUGAUGAGGACCUCUGGGCUCCGAAGAAGGUGGCUCCCUACCUGGCGUUCCACCAUGAGGAUUCUUAUCAGCCGAAGUACCCGACUGGGAAACCGACAGAGACCUUGGAUGUGAUCGUGCCUAUUGUUCGAAUUAUGUUUGAAAUUGAGCAGACUGUCAGGAUACCAGUGCUAUUGGUUAAGCUGAGCUGCGAGCUGUCGCUGAGCGAGUGGUCGGGCGCGGCGCGCGGGCGAGGCGCGGCGCGGCUCGCGGCGAGCGCGUACAACGAGCGGCUCGACGUGUGGGAGCCGCUGCUCGAGCCGCUGCUCGACGCCAACCGCCAGCUGCCCUUCGAGAUCACCGCUACCGUCUUCCAGGCAAAAUCGUAUCCGAUGUCGGCCCGUGUGUCUACAAACGAACAAGAAGAGUCAAUGUCCGAUCACGUGCCCGAAACGAAAAAGAGCAAAAAGCGAAAGGAAUUCGAAUCGGAAACAUCAGCUGAUGAAGCUGAUACUGAUAAUGAGAUGACAUUCUUACGGAACCCGAAUGAGAAGGAGAGAAAGUAUAAAAUGGGUUUUGAGACGAGCAGCAUGUCAUUCUUGAGAGCGCUCGACGCAGAUGACUCGAAUUCUGACAGUGACGUUGAGAAGAGGGACAAAAUGUCGUAUGCUAUGGGCCAUUUGUUUAUAGACAGUGAAUCAAGUGCCGAUGAAAUGAGCGACGAUGAAGAUUCAUCUGCGCCAGAACAGAGUGAUAAAGAGGAAGAAGAAGAAGAAGAAGAAGAGAAACCGGAAACAUUCGCUGAUGCUGAUGAUAAAAAGGACGAGAAAUCGGUGACCCUACAAGAGCCCGAGAGAGAGGACAGCGUGGAGUCGGCGGCGGACGGCGGCCGCUUAUGCACGUACGUGGCGCUGGAGGCGCGCGCGGCGCUGUCACUGACGCUGGGCCCGGCGGCGGCGCGCGCGCUGCGGGCGCUGGGCGCCGCGCUCGCCGACCGCCACGCGGCCGUCGCCGCCAUCGUCACCGCGGAGAGCCCCCUGCAGCUCAUCAACGAUAUAGGGCCCGGUUCAACAGUGCAGCUGCGCGCGCGCAACGAGGCGGACUUGCCCGGGAACGAGCGCGUCGUCGCCACCGCUGAUUAUGACGUGGACACCAGCAGACCUAGCACUCCUGGUUGCGAUACGUCUGGUGCUGACUUGCUGGAAGAAAUAGAAAGAGAAACCAAACAGGAGAUGACGGACAUCAGUGAUGAAUGGGAUUGUUUCGAGGGCGGGUUCGGUUCGAGCGCGCAGUGCGGCGCGCGGCGCGGGUCGCCGGGCGCGCCGCGCUCGCCCGCCGCGCUGCAGCGCCGCCUCGCCGCGCACACGCUGCACAUCCGCCUGCGCGGCUUCGACCCGCUCACCAUCCACUGUCCUCAACGUGCGGUAUCCAAACUACACGUCCUAAACCCGAGCAAGAAUGGGACACGUUACUAUGUGGCCGUGGAGAGAACUGCCAAGUAUAAUACGAAGAAAAUUGUCGUUAGAUCACCGCUGCAGGUACGCAAUGAGACCUCGUACGCUGUGGAAUUGCUAUAUCGCCAGUCGGAAUUGGAAGCGGCGGGCGCGGCGGUCGCAGGGGUCGGUGGGGACGAUGGGGUCGAGGGGGUCACGACGUGCGUGGGGUCGGUGCGCAACCCCUUCUGUGGGUUGCUGCGUCUAGCUGUUCUGGCUCCGCACGACACUUACAACGUGCCGCUCCACAUAGCGUACCACUGCCGGCUCUACCUGUUGCCCACUAAUUUCGAGGGUUACAAAGCAAGUAUCCAAGGAAUAUGGUGGAUGGACCUAGUGGGAGACAUGGAGACGCCGAAAGACAUAGUGUGUCCCGCCUUAGAAGAUAACGACCCCAGUGUGUUCGCUAUGCGGAUAUUACCCGCUGAAGGCUGCCAGUCGAACGCGAUAUCGCGAUCCAUACCCAACCUCCUUAUCCGCGUACUGGCACCACUAGCUAUCCACAACCGCAUCCCCCACGCGUUACAAGCCCACGCGACCCUCCACUCCCCUCCCGAGCUGAUAGCCGGGCUGGGAGCCCCCGGGGGGAGGGAGCUCAACGUGCGGCUGGAGGCGGGCGAGCGGGCGCACCUGUACACGCUGCCGCCGGGGAAACAGAUCCGCUUCACGCUGGACGUACACUACCUGGGGCUGCCGUGGACAGGACGGUUUACUUAUUCUCCAGAGAUGAGCGAGAAGACGGUGAGCAUGCGCACGGAGUGCGAGACGGAGGGCGGCAACAAGCGGCUGGUGCUGCGCGCGCGCCUCGAGCGCGGCGCCACGGCGCGCCUGCUGCUGUACGCGCCCUACUGGCUCGUCAACAAGACCGCGCUGCCCUUGCAGAUCAAGGGCAGGUCGGACGUCUGCUACGAGGCGAGGGAGCGCGUGCGGGUGCGCGCGCACCAGUCGGGAUGGUCGCGGGCGGCGCCGCUCGCCGCCGCGGCGCCCGGCCUGCUGGUGUGUGCCCAUACUGAGAGGAAGAUCAACUAUCGGAUACUGUUGCAGGUGACCCUAUCCGAGCUUUCCCCACAACUGACAAAAAUCGUGACCCUCCUCCCGUACUUCAUCGUGUAUAACGACACGAAGAAGCACCUGCGCUACAUGGAGGAGAACGAGGCGGCGGACCUCUGGCUGGACCUCGCGCCGCAGCAGUGCGCGCCCUUCUGGCCGCAGACGGACUCGCUGGCGAUGCACUGCAAGUACAGGGACUCGAUGCUGGUGUCGCAGCACUUUCCGAUCGCCGAGAACCACUUUACAGUGCUGAGGAUGGACAAGGGGUCAGCGAUCUGCGUAGAAGUGACGGGCGGCACGGACCGCCCCUACACGAUCACCUUCAAGAACUACCGCGCGGGCGACGCGCCCGUACGGAUCGACAAUUUGUGCGAAGAUCUCUUCCUGAAGUUACAUCAGGCAGAUUCGGGUCAAGUGGCUCUGCUAAGUCCAUACCAAUCAAUGCUGUACGCUUGGGACGAUCCCUUAAAAGAGAGAAAUCUUCUUUGGAAUAUCUAUAAUAACAAGGGUAAAGGUUUCUCUGCAAAUUUCUCCCAAGACGGAUACGGUGAAGAAAAAGUAAGCUUCCAUUCAGUAAAACAGUCCACGAUCGUAGUCACGAACAGUGUGACGUCAAAACUGUCUUCAACGCUAAAAAGACUGACUCCCAAGUCACCCGAACCAUUAUCAUCCAGCAGUGACGACUCGGACGUUUCAGAGCAACCAGAAAACGUUCGCAAAUCCAAGAAAAUGAGGAAGGACAAAGUUAUAGUUUACUGGAUAUCAUACAUGGAUGGCUAUCAGAGAGUAUUUGCGCUGACCCAAGAUGAACGACUAGCGUAUCAAUACAAAAUGAGCAUCUAUGCCGAGAAGAGCAACUACGAAAUCUACAUGGCCCUAUCCAGUGUCAGCUUAUCCGUUUGCAUCCAAACUGGGAACAGAGUCAAAGAAUUGUCGUAUAUAAGCGUAUCCGACUCCUUGCCGCGUUGGGAAGUGAACGUCAGCAACAAGUGGAAACAAUUAGCACCCGACUUAACAGCCUGGAUCGAAGACAACUACCAAGGCGACAUGAAAAAGUGUCAGCUCAAAGAGUACAUUAACAUAGACCUGGAAAAGAUGCAAAUGACUAAGCCAUUCUUCUCUGAACUACGUAGGACGUACAACCCAGGCGUCUGGCUCCAAAUACGAAGAUCGGAAACUUACACGUACUGUCAUUUGAAGCUACAAAGGCUUCAAAUAGAUAACCAGUUGCACGAAGCUGUGUUUCCGUGUGUAUUGUACCCAGCACCUUUGCCUUCACAUUUGAAGACGAGAAGGGAAAAACCCUGUAUAGAAAUGGAACUUCUGAAGCAAUAUAGGCCAUCUUUGAAUCAAGAUAUUUACAAAAACUUAAAGAUUUUGAUACAAGAAUAUUGUGUGAAUUUAGAUAGGGGUUUCGUUAAUCAUGUAUUUGAUAUAUUGAAUCAAUGGAAGGUCGAUGAAAAGCCUGCUGUAAGAUUGCGUGCUGAUUUAGCUCUUGUUCAUAUGCCGCUACCAGUGAUCGCUAUGAAGAGUCAGUCAAACGCUCAGAAGAAUGUAAUAUUCGAAUACGUUCACUUGUCUCCAAUAAAGGUAGUGCUAAGUCUCUCGUCGAGAGGCUACUCGGGGGAAGAUUCUGGGAGUCCGAGCAGGAAAUUUGGAGGCCAAAAGGAAAAUCGACCGAAACUGUUCAAUAGCGAUCUCUUGGAGUACUUGUUCAAUUCGUGGGGUUCGUCGUUGUGUGACAUGAAGGAUGUCGUCAUUAGAAUGAGCUACUUCGAGAUGAGAAACGCUCCGGCGACGGUCCCAUCUCUGCUGGACGCGGCCUCGCGCCACUACUGGCUGCAGCUGGUACAGCAGUUCUACGUGCUCGUGCUUGGCCUUAAGAUACUGGGCAACCCGUACAGCUACAUCGGUGACUUUACCAAGGCGCUGAGCCGCUUUUAUGAACCUUAUGCUGGGUCGUGCGGGCGGCGCACGUCGUGCUGCGGCGCCGUGCUGAGCGGCGCGGCGCGGCUGCUGGCCAGCGAGCCGCACGCCACCAGCACGCCGCGCAAGAGUGGGAACACGGCGCUCGGUAGUAACGAGAUCAUCGACGACCUACCAGAGGCGGUGAUAGAGGCCAACAAGACGAACCCGGCGAGCGUCGCUCUGGCCGUCACGGGGAUCAUUGCGAGACCCACUUUUGACGACGAUAGUGCUGUGGUGCGAUACAUAUGCCGCGAGGUGUCUCGCCUCGCGCAGUACAGGCACGCGGGCGCGGGCUGUGCGGAGGCCGCGUUGCGCGCUUGCGCCGAGCGGUGCGGCGGGCUCGUUGCUAGGCGACGGUUGCCUAGAGACUGCUCUAGUGUUGAGGGUAUCCGCGCGUACAGUCCGUGGAGCGCCCGUGGCGCGGCGCUGCUGGCGCAGCUGUGCCGCGGGCACUACGCCGACACGGACGGCUACGUGGCGCACGCGCACGUCUCGCGGACCUCCACCACCACUGUGCUUGUUACUACGCAGCACGUGUUCGUGGUGCGGGCGGCGGGGCGCGGCGGGCGGUGGCGCGCGGAGUGGGCGGCGCCGCUGCACCGGCUGAUCGGCGCGCCCGUCGCCGCGCCGCCGCACCUCGUGCUGAGCGUGCGCCAGGAUGAGCAAGUGAGCUACUUUUCCACGGACGAAAAAGCGAUAGAGAUCCAAGACCCUGAAGUACUCAGUUGGCUGCGGAGCAAGAUCGAGUGCGCUCUCGUACAGGCUCUUGAAGACAAACGGUGUAAUGAGUAACUCUUCUCCUCUUCUUAUGGAAAGAGAGAGAAUAGCAUUUGUACAAGAACAUAAGGGACAAAAUAAUUGUGUGUAACUUAGUUUGAUCCACCUCCUUUUGUAUAAAAUAACUGUUCCAUUAAUCCUAUAACAUGAGUUUCCUUCAAAGAUUUACGAAUGUUAACUAAGAUAUUAUGUAGAGGGAAAGUGUCAAUUUAUAUUAAAAACUUUCGUAAUAAAGUGCAUCAUUCUUUUGUCCCUUACAGAAGCUCUCAUAAGACUCUCUGUUCUUUCUGGAUUUUAUUAGAUCUGAUGUAAAAUAUUUGGUAAGAAAAUAAUGAAAAUUGAUGCAAAAUAAUAUGCAAAAGGAAAUUUUUCAUACUAUUAUGUUCCAAGAUAUAGUUACGCUUAUUGGAAAUGAUUUCUGCGCUGGGCAUAAAAAGCACAAAUGGGUUUGUAAUCGUUAAUAAUGGUUAUUUGAUGUUGACUGUAGGAAUAUUUAGUUUAAAUACAUGUGUAUUUAGAUAUAGGAAUCGUAUUCGUUAUGUUUUGUGCUAAGCAUUAAUUUGGUCAGUGAAUUUCCCUAAACUCAGUUAACUGUAUACUAGAGUUUAAUAAUUCUUAAUCGUAAAACCCCAAAACGAUAUUUUGUUUGGAAGAACGAAUAUAACUUACAUAAUAUGUUAUGUUUUAUUGUAUAACCUAACAGUAUUUAUUGUGUCAAUAUGACAUUUCACGCAUCAGACCGCCAUGUUUUUGUAUUGUUAACAGACUAAAAAAAUAAAAGCGCUCAAUUAUGAAACGGCUAUUUUUUUAAGCAUUUACAUAAAACUAUAUAUUCACUGACCGUAUUAUUCCGCUUGUUGAUAGUUUAUUAAAAUCUAGUAAUUAUCGUUUAGUUAUUGGUUAUUAAGACACAUAUUAAAUAAAUCAUUAUUUAUUUAUUAUCACUAUUGCGCCAUUCAAAUCAUUGUACACAAAAUAUCACUCUAAAUUGAUGUUGUACUCUAUAUAAAUAUUUAUCGUUUCUUAUAUUUUUGUAUUUUAUAUUUAAGAAUUCACGAAAUAUCCGCAUUUCUUUUGUGACGUCGAACAACCAAUUUCUUCAAAGCGCCUAAGGAAUUAUAUAUUUUAUUAUUGUAUGCUUAAGGAUUUGUUUUAAAUGUUUAGUAAUUUAAGUUAUAUCUUGUAUCGCUACGCCAUUUUGAUUCUUAGGUUUUGAUAAAUAUGUUUCAAAGUUUAUAACACCUAUUAAUAGCUAUACUAUGUAUUCCUUAAAAGCUAGUCAGUCUUUACAGAAAUAUAGCAAAUCAUUAUAAAACGCAUUGUUUUGUGUAUUUUAUGUAUAAUUUAAUAAGCAAAUGUUGUGGUUCUUGAUGUUAUAGAGUAGAACAGAUCGAGUUUCAGCUGACAUCGAACUGUAUCGACGAAGCCUAUUAAUGUUUUUUAAGAGCAAUUGAAAUAAAAGAUUUCA